GCAGCUGGGCGAGCUCGAGCGGGCGCCGCCGCCUCCGCGGCUGCCCACCCUGCCGCGCCGCCGGCGCUGCCGGUCUUGCAGGCGGACGCCGGGGAGGGGCGGCCGAGAGAACGGAGCACGAGGAGGUGGAGGCGGCGGAGAAGUGAUGCUGGCGCCGGGGAUGGGGCAGCGGCAGCGGAGCAGCAGCAUCUGCGGGACCCAGGCUGCAGCGUCCCUGUGGCCCGAGGGCCAGCCGAGCGGCCGGAGACCACGCGCCCCACGGACCCGAUAGAGAUGCUUCAAGAACUGCUCCGUUCCGGGGAGGACGGAUUGCAUGAGGACACUGACACUUUACCCUGAGGCGAGUGCGGAAGUUUUCAUUGUAAGCCUUAUCUUCUCAUGAAUCUGCACACCCGCCUCUGCUCCUGGCUUGGCCUUCACUUGUCCAGGCACACUGCCCUGCCUGAGACAAAGCAGCAGCCUUACUCACCUUAAGAGUAAACAGAGCCUGUAGUUUGCUAAGCAGCAGCUUCUCCUGGCAUGAGACACUGCAGAUCUCCUCACCAGACAGGCUGAGACUAUGCUCUGUGCCCUGCACCUGGAGUAAGAAGAAGAACAAGCAAGAGUUAAGAGGAAGAUUUAUGAGGCAUGGACUCUUGCAUCAGAUUUGGAGAAAAGUAGAGUGAAUACAGAGAUGCCAGACGGCCACUGAGACCCAUGGACAGUCCCGCACUCACGCUUCUCUGUCGAACUUUAAGAUUUACUAGUAAUAUGCUACCUUUGCCAAAUGAAAAGAAACUAAUGCCAAGAAGGCAUACUCUUCAAUAUUGGGAAUAGACGUGCUCUCAAGACAAUGGCUUCAAAGGUCUCCUGUUUAUACGUUUUGACAGUCGUGUGCUGGGCCAGCGCUCUCUGGUACUUGAGUGUAACUCGCCCUACUUCUUCCUACACUGGCUCCAAGCCAUUCAGCCAUCUAACAGUGGCCAGGAAAAACUUCACCUUUGGCAACAUAAGAACUCGACCUAUAAACCCCCAUUCUUUUGAAUUUCUUAUAAAUGAGCCCAACAAAUGUGAGAAAAACAUUCCUUUCCUCGUUAUCCUCAUCAGCACCACCCAUAAAGAAUUCGAUGCCCGGCAGGCGAUCCGAGAGACCUGGGGGGAUGAGAACAACUUUAAAGGGAUCAAGAUAGCCACUCUCUUCCUCCUGGGCAAGAACGCUGAUCCCGUUCUCAAUCAGAUGGUGGAGCAAGAGAGCCAGAUCUUUCAUGACAUUAUCGUGGAGGACUUCAUUGAUUCCUACCAUAACCUAACCCUCAAAACCUUAAUGGGGAUGAGGUGGGUGGCCACUUUUUGUUCCAAAGCCAAGUAUGUCAUGAAAACAGACAGCGACAUUUUUGUCAACAUGGACAACCUUAUUUAUAAACUACUAAAACCCUCCACCAAGCCAAGACGAAGGUAUUUUACUGGCUAUGUCAUCAAUGGAGGGCCAAUCCGAGACGUCCGCAGUAAGUGGUAUAUGCCCAGGGAUUUGUACCCUGACAGUAACUACCCACCCUUCUGCUCGGGGACUGGCUAUAUCUUUUCAGCUGAUGUGGCUGAACUCAUUUACAAGACCUCACUCCACACCAGGCUGCUUCACCUGGAAGAUGUAUAUGUGGGACUGUGUCUUCGAAAGCUGGGCAUCCAUCCUUUCCAGAACAGUGGCUUCAAUCACUGGAAGAUGGCCUACAGUUUGUGUAGGUAUCGCCGGGUUAUCACCGUGCAUCAGAUCUCUCCAGAAGAAAUGCACAGAAUCUGGAAUGACAUGUCAAGCAAGAAACAUCUCAGAUGUUAGGAUUUUUACCAGUGUAAAUACGUUUCUUUUCUUUUUUUAAGAAAUGAGGCCUAGGGUUGUAGGUGUUUUACAGGUGUCACCAGAGGAAACGAACUGGUGAAGGGGUUUUGUAAAAAGUGUUUUUCUUCCCACUCCUAGUUCCUUUCUUGGAUUGCCAAUUUACACGUGUUAAGCUCUGCUCAUAGAAAUAAUACAUGAGUUAAAAGGGCCAGAUUUCAUUCUCAGGUCCUGAAGUAUUGCAUUUAUCUCAAAAAGCAACUUCCUAACAACUGCUAGGAUUUACGUACUGUGCAUCUGAGAUAAAAAUCUGGUUCUGGGAAACUAGAACUCACGGUAAUGUCUUCAUAUCCUCUCUGCAAAAGUAAAUAAAGUAAAUAACACUUUUUCAAAAACAAUUCAGAAAUAAUGCACAGUCAGGGAGACGCACUGGAUGUGAUUAUUAAUAUUGUGUGUGCUGUUACAUUGAAUUUUUACAUAUAUUGCCAUGUAAUGUGUACAGUAUUUGCAGUUCCACCAAGAAAUGAACUUAGUACUGGCAGGGAGGCUGCAGUUAAAUAAAUGGGAAUUUAAACUUGAGAAUUAAAUAUUCUGUAUAUUUGGAAGACAAC